AUGGUGGUGUGGCUCGGCGCUUUCAUAAGUGUUGUUAUUGUUCAGCAUAUAAGAGCUGCUAAUGCGAACAAUAAUGAUAAUGGAAACGCCAAUAUGGAACUACAUCAUCUCAAUACGACCACAAAUCCUGAUUCCAAAGCCGAAAAUGCAGUUUCUGUUGAUAUUCUGACAUCUGAUAAACCACGCACUUCUCCAACAUCUGAACCACAUUCAGAGAACGUUCCAGAAACGGCCGAACCAACUUCCGAGAACCGCAUUUCUGAGUCGGCCAAACCAGAUUACAAACCAGAUUCCAAGAAUCACAUUCCUGAAAUUUCCGACAAUCCGGAAUCAACUUCCGACGAACCGAAAUCAAAUUCCGAGAACCGCGUUCCUGAGUCGGCCGAACCACCUUCCAAGAGUCACAGUCCUAAAAUUUCCGACGAACCAAAAUCAGCUUCCGAGAACCGCAUUCCUGAGUCGGCCGAACCACCUUCCAAGAGUCACAGUCCUAAAAUUUCCGACGAACCGAAAUCAGCUUCCGAAAAACGCAUUCCUGAAUCGGCCGAACCACGUUCCAAGAGUCACAGUCCUGAAAUUUCCGACAAACCAAAAUAA